UCACAUUACAAACGGUGAGAGUGUAUUUCUCACUGUGCACUACUUUUAUUGUUAUUUAGGUCACUGCUCCGACGAGGAGCCAAAGAAGACAACAAUUUAAAAGAAAGAGACGGUUCGGUUGUCUCUUCGUCUCUAUUCAGCUUACACUGGGGAUUCUAUUUGAGAUUUGUUAAUCUAUAGGUGGAAUGUGUGUUCAGCUUCGGUUGAAAUUGUUGAUUGCAUUCGAGACUGUAGACAACUUUCUAUUUGUAGGUGUUAAAAGAUGGGAAAGACUCCAAGUCCUGGUAAAUGGAUCAAGUCUCUUCUUGGGAAGAAGUCAUCAAAGUCAAGUUUGGAGAAAGGAAACGAGAAAUUGAGAUCUGCAAAGAAAGAAGAGAUUGUGGUGAAGGUGAAGGAUAAAAAUGUCUCAGACUUAGCUACCAAUCCUCCGGUACUAGUUUCAUCACAGGAAGUUGCAGCUACACAAGCUGUAACAGUCCCAGAUGUUGUAGUCCCCGAGAAGCAGCCAAGCGAAGAGUCGAAUGUGAAUCUUGAGUCAGGGAAUGACACAGAAGAACUCAAGUUCGAAGAAGCUGCUACAAAGGUUCAAGCUGCUGUCAGAUCUCAUCAGGCUCGUGAAGAAUUACAAAAGCUUAAAGGUAUCGUAAAGCUGCAAGCAGUGAUCCGUGGUCACUUGGUUAGAAGACAAGCUGUUGCUACAUACUCUUGCAUUUGGGGAAUUGUGAAGUUACAAGCUCUUGUUCGUGGGAAGGAAGCUAGAUCUUCAGAGACCGAUGAUCAACUUCAGAAAACAAACUCGGAACCUGAGAAUCCUGAAACUUUGCAAGGAAGCACUUACAGAUGGCUUGAGAAUCCCACAAAGCUCUCCAUGAUUGAUAAGCUUCUAGUUUCGUCUCCAAAGGCAUUGCCUCUGAAGAUUCAGUAUGGUCCUGAAGAUCCUAACUCAGCCAAGGUGUGGCUUGAGCGCUGGACGCUGUUGCAGGUUUGGGCUCCUGGUCCACUGGUGGUUAAGAGCCUUGUUGCGAAAUCUCAGACAAAGAAGCGAAGUUUUCAAGCAGUUGAAGCAGACAAGGGGAAACUGAAGAAAGGUAUCAAGAAACCACCCGGUGGUUUAAGUACUGCAAGUAGCUCUAGUAGCCGUUCUACAGCUGAAAAAGAAAAGCCUAAGAGAAAUGUGAGGAAGGCUUCCACGCUUGGUAAAGAGGUUUCAAGAACCGAGAAUGAUAAUAAGUCUAAGCAGAACUCGAGAAAAAGUACAAGCGCUGUAAAGGAAGUGUCUUCUUCAUUGGAGAUUAAGGAGGAGAAGCCUAGAGUUAGUCUCAGAAAGUCUUCACUUUCCAAUGGGCUAGAGAAACCUACUCGCAAAUCUGCUGAGAAGAAGAAAGAGAUUGCAGAUUCAGUGCAGAAAGAAUCGCCUGAUUACGAGGUUUCACCUCCUGCUGUUGAUACUCCUGAAGAAGAAAAGAUGAAAGACAGCACUGAAACAGUUUGUAAAGAAGCUGAUCUCGAUAAAGAUGAGAACCCAUCGGUUCUGGAGCAAGAUGAACUCAAAACCGAAGAGAGAAAUGACAAAGCUGAAGAAGAGAUUCAAGAGCCAGACGUGCAGAUAAGCUCUGAGAAUGGAAAUGACACAAAGGCAAGCGAUAGAAGAGCAUCUCUGCCUGCAAAGAUUGAGAAUCAUCAUCAAGAAGAAGGGCUUACACAUAGCGGGAGAAAGAUCCCAAGCUACAUGGCUCCAACUGCAUCUGCAAAGGCAAGAGUAAGAGGAGGACAAGGGUCUCCAAGGAUUGGUGGUCAAGAGAAGCUAGAGAAAAAUGGAAUAACUAGACGCCACUCUCUUCCUCCUGCUGCAGCCAAUGGUAAGCUGAACACAAUGUCCCCAAGAGCUCACAGACUUCUCAUAGCUUCAGCUAAAGGAUCGAUGAACAGUGACAGAUCUUUUUCGUCCUCCAGGGAUAUUGGUGGUGAUAAAUCGGCGAAAGCUGAGUGGAAACGGUGAAUUUCUUUUGAGGCAAAUAGAGAAAGCAAUGCAAAGAGUCAUCCUGAUCAUCUUACACUGUUGAAAAAAAGAAAGCUCUGAAACCUUUUUUUAUCUGUUUUAACUGUUUUGUUUCUAUGUUUUUUGCGUGUGUUUACUUCGGUUUGGUGUGGUGAGUCUUUGACAUGGUCCCUUUAGAUUUCUCUCAGAUGCUUUGUCUUCACAAACAAAAAAAAAGGGUUUUAGUAAAUAGUUCUUUAUAAUGCUUCUCUUAAUCAUUUACAGUUUGUUCAUGAA